CCACCCCACCCAUCCAUGGCGUCUUCCCCCCUCCCCUCCUCCCUCUCGUUCCUGCUCCUCCUCCUCCUCGCCUUCUCCCUGAUCUCCGCCGUCCACUCCUCCUACUCCUACUCUCCCCACCGUCCGAUCCACCACCGCCAGCCCCCCCAUCUCCGCCCCUCCCGCUCCCGCUCCCGCGCGCGCGCGCUCCCGAACCUCCCCGCUUCCUCUCGCACCACCGAUCGCCUCUUCGUCCCCAACGCCACGACCCAUUCCAAUUCGACCAAAUCCAAUCCUAACUCUAACUCCACGACGACCAAUCCCAAUCCCAAUUCCAAUUCCAAUUCCAAAUCCAAUUCGAGCUCGACGCACGGGCACGGGCACGGGCACAGGGACGGGGAGCGCGUGCGGAAGUGGGCGGUGGGGUUCGCGGCCGGGUCGGUGGCGGGGGUGGCGUCGGGGCUGGCGCUGUCGGUGCUGUUCCGGCUGGCGCUGAACGUGGCCCGCGGGCGGUACCGGUCGCCGUCGGGGCCGAGCAUCUUCAGCCCGAAGAUCAUCCGCCGCGCCGAGGACCUCGCCUUCCUCGACUCCGACUCCGCCCUCGCCUCCCUCGAGGUCAUCGGCCGCGGCGGCUGCGGCGAGGUCUACAAGGCCCACCUCCCCGACUCCUCCGGAGGCGGCGGCGGGGAGCCGACGGAGCCGGAGAGCCGGCUGCUGGACAAGUGGACGCGGCAGAUCAGGUCGGAGAUACAGACGGUGGGGCGCAUCCGGCACCGGAACCUGCUGCCGCUGCUGGCGCACGUGACGCGGCCCGACUGCCACUACCUGGUGUACGAGUACAUGAAGAACGGCAGCCUGCGCGACGCGCUGGCCGACGUGGCGGACGGCCGGCGCCAGCUCGACUGGGCCGCCCGGCACCGGAUCGCCCUGGGGAUCGCCGCCGGCCUCGAAUACCUCCACGUCCACCACCGCCCGCAGAUCAUCCAUCGCGACCUCAAGCCCGCCAACAUCCUCCUCGACGACAACAUGGACGCCCGCAUCGCCGACUUCGGCCUUGCCAAGGAGAUGCCCGACGCCCACACCCACAUCACCUCCUCCAACGUCGCCGGCACCGUCGGGUAUAUCGCGCCGGAGUACCACCAGACGCUCAAGUUCACGGCGAAGUGCGACAUGUACAGCUUCGGAGUGAUCCUGGCGUCGCUGGUGAUGGGGAAGCAGCCGUCGGACGACUUCUUCCAGCACACGGACGAGAUGAGCCUCGUCAAGUGGCUCCGCAACGUGAUGAACUCUGCGAACGCCACCGCCGCCAUCGACCCCACGCUCCUCGGGAACGGGUUCGAGGACCAGAUGCUACUCGUCCUGAGAAUCGCCUGCUUCUGCACGGCCGACAACCCCAAGGAGCGGCCGAGCAGCAAGGACGUCCGCGCCAUGCUGUUGCAGAUAAAACAUUAGCAAAAUAAUCGUCGGUAUAAUUGCUAGCAUAUCAGCGACUUUAAAAAUAUUACUUGCAACAACAUCUAGUAUGUAAUAGAAUUGUGGUUAUUGUGAGCAGAAAUAUUGCACUUAUUAAGUAUAUACAAAUGUGGAAGCGAGAAGAGGUUGUAAGCUAAGAUCAACUUGUUAGGAGUUGUAUGGUAAAAAAUAAGAGAAUAUUUAGUUGUGUGA